CUAAUCUUGAAGUGUCAUUAUAAUUAAAAUAUAGUGUUAAUACAUUAUUUUUAAUUAAAUAUAUAUUAAUUAAAAUAGUAUUUUCAUUCCAUGUGCUUUUUUAGACCGCAUUUUAUAGGAAAGUAUAUCAUACAGUUUUAAUUAUUUGCGGGCCAGUCUUAAAACCUACAAAGAUGCAACUAUCAGCGGACCCUAGGCGAGCUGAUCGUGAACGUCGCUACAAACCCCCGCCAGCAUCAUCCGCUCCAGCUGAGGAUCUUACUACAGACUACAUGAACAUUCUUGGUAUGGUAUUUUCAAUGUGUGGUCUUAUGAUGCGCUUAAAGUGGUGCGCUUGGACUGCUGUAUUCUGCUCAAGCAUUAGUUUUGCCAAUUCUAGAGUGUCAGAUGAUACAAAACAGAUUGUCAGCUCCUUCAUGCUUUCAAUAUCAGCUGUAGUCAUGUCUUAUCUGCAAAAUCCUGCACCAAUGUCUCCACCCUGGGCAUCACUAACUUCAUAAGUCAUAAAUAAAUAAAAAUAAUAUAUUUAAUUUAUUAUAUUCUACUUGUGUUCUUUAUUCCAAAUCAAAAAUGUCCUUUUCCAAGUAGGGUUCAAAAGCACAUUUGUAUUGGCAUUUUUCAAUUUAUAAUUAUUUUAGUUUUGAUGAGUUAAACUUAACUUCAUAUUUAACUACCAAUUUGGUAUUUAGAUUCAGAUUUAUAUAUGUUAUGUUGCUAAAAAGUGGUAAGAGUAAAUAUUUUAAUAAGAUGUGUAACUAGAUAUAGGUAAUAAGAUGUGUAACUAGAUAUAGGUAAUUAUAUAGAUUUUCUGGUA